AUGGUUUUCCAGCAUUGGGCAGUGUAUAUAGGGCGCCACGAGGAUCUGCCGCUUGUCGUCCACCUCUCGGGUGGCGCAAGAGAUUUCGACAAGAUAGGUGGAAGCAAGUUAGAUUCUUUCAGCAAUGGGCCAGCAGGUCUGGUAAAAGCAGUCACAGCCCAGGUGCGCUGUGAUUCACUGAUGGCAGUGGCCGGUGAAGAUAUGGUACGGAUUAAUAACGCGCAUGAUAUUGAUCAUCAACCGUUCCCUCCGAGAAUAGUUGUAGAGCGAGCAACACUGCAGCUGGGUUCUGGAAAUUAUAACAUCUUUCUGAACAACUGUGAACAUUUUGUGAAAUGGUGUCGCUAUGGAAAUAGGAUCAGUGGACAG